GAAAACUCUUGCUUAUGGGUGAAAAAGCUUUGGAGGAGGUUUGCCAAGAGGGGAGGAGAGCAGGCUGGGUCAAAUACUCCAGAGUAAACUUCCCUUCCCCACCUCCCAGUGACGGCCCUAUAAAGCCUCCCCACCUGAAGGUUUUCCUUGCAAGGGAGACCAAGGUUGAGCCUGCUUCACCCACCCCAUCUGACCGAAGACGGACACCCCUCGCUCGCCAUGACCAGCAGCGCAAUGACCGAGCUGGAGAAGGCCAUCGAAACAAUCGUCGACGUCUUUUUCAAGUACUACCGUGAAGGCGACCAAGCCACACUCACCACUGGCGAGUUUAAAGAGUUGGCCACCGCCCAGCUGCCCAACCUUAUGAAGAAUGUUGGGGACCUGGAUAAGAAGAUGAAAAGCUUGGACGUCAACCAUGACCAGGAGCUGAAAUUUGGAGAAUACUUGCGGUUGAUUGGCGAACUGGCCAAAGAGAUAAAGAAAGAGAAAUUGGGGAAGGAGAAGUGAUGGAGUUGUGGAAUGAGGAUUUGGGCGUCGAGAAGAAACGACCCGGGACCAGGACACCACAAGAGUUGCGUAUCGGCGGGAGGACAACAAGACGUCAAGAGUCACCAAGCCUCUCUCGCAGCUUUUUAAAAUUCAAAUAAAUCAAAUAAAUACCAAA